AUGAGCUCAUAUGAUAUAUCUCUGGAAUCUUUCACUCCAAAUGACGUAAAGGCAAUGCAUUCACUUCUAAACGUUACCGAAGAGCUCUUAUUUGCUUUUCCCCUUCCAUCUGAGCUUGUCAAAAAAUACGAAACAAUGAAAGAGAAGGUCUUUUCCAAGAUAAAUCUCGCUAGUGAUAAAGGCAAGCUAUGAAAAAUGCAGAGAGAAGCCUAUGCAAAGCAAAAGUCCACAAGACGUGAUAUAGGCAUUCAAUCAGCUGAGCCAACUCAAGAAUUAGAAAAAAUUCGAGAACUGAAAUGGAAGGAACUUGAAGAAAAUGCAAACGUUAUUCGUUGAGAGUUAUUGGCAAGGUUGGAGGCAAGCCAUUAUAUAAAUAAAAGCUAUCAAAAUUUGACCAAUUUAUCUGUAUCCAGUCUUUCGCAUAUUAUAACACGGAUAGGGAGUAUAUUGGGAAUCCAAUUAAAUCAAAAUACCUUUGUUGCUCAAAUUCCUGAUGAAAUUCCUCAUGAAGAGCCACCAGAAGUUAAUUGGAAUCUGCCAGAGCUUGAAGCCCAAAAUGCGAUUUCUCUAGCAAAGUUCAAAGAUUUAGAAAAAAAAGAAACAGAUAGAAUUGAAGAAUUUCGAUAUGAUUUUCAGCAAAGGGAAUCACAAAUUCUAAGUUUUCUUGACCAAAUUGAAAAUGCUUUUGUAGGGAAAGAAGAAGUUAUGGACUCACUACAAAAAGAAUUAGAGUUCUGCCACAAAGAAAACCAAAGCCUUAACGAAAAAGUUCAGAAAGAGCAGCAAGGUUGGGAAGAAAAAAUAAAAAACACUCACUCCCCCCCCCCCUCCGUGAGCGAACAAAACCAUUAGAAAAAUCGCCAUUUUUUGACCAAAAACCCCCCACCUCCGUGAGUGAACAAAAAUUUUUUUAAUAGAAAAAAUUUUUAAUGGAAAAAAUUUUUUGAUAUAUAAGUGAUAAUUAGUAUAAUGAAAUCUAGAGCUAAUUCUGUUUAAUUUUAAACAAAUUGCGUUUUAAAACAUAAAUUUUAUAAAUUAAAUUAAUAUUUGCUUCCCAAUUUUUGCAAAUUAGGAUUUUUUUAAAUUUCGAAAAAAUAUUUUUUAUAAAAUUUAUAUAUAAAUUUUUUUUAAAAAAAAAAAUUAACCCCCCUCCGUGAGCGAACAAAAUUUUUUGUUCGCUCACGGAGGGGGGGGGGGGGGAGUCAGGAACUCUUGUCCACAGAUAAAGCAUCUUUAGAGUUCAAGCUUAAGAAAGAAUUUGAAGAAAUGAAAGCUCGUCAUGAAAUGGAAAUAGAGAGCAUCAAAAAAACCAAUUUAAUCCAAAUUGAAAGACUUGAAAUGGAGAAAGGAAGUUAUGAAAACCAGUUAAAGAGGCUCACUGAUGAAAAAAUCAAAAUUGAAGAGGGUUCUAGUGAAGCAUACCAAUUUUUGAAAGACGACUUGAAAAAGCAAAAGGAAGAAAAUAAAAGAAUCAAUGAGCAAGUCAAGGAAAUAGCUGGAGAAAAAGAAGAACUUCAAGCCAAAAUAGUGAAGCUUGAAAAGCAGCUUCUUAGUAGUAAAGAAAAGAUUCAUAAGCUUGAAGAAGAACUAGAUCACUGGGAAAAAAGAAUUGAAAACAUGAAAGUUCAAUGAAAAAACGAAGCAGAUCAGAUCAAAGCAUCAUACGAAAGAGAAAUCGUUGAAUUAAGCAACAGCACAAAAUCAGAAACAUCCACAAUGAGAGCAAGUCACGAUCAAGAAUUGCGCACAGCUAAGCAAGAGCUCUCUAUUCUGCACACGCAGUUUGAAGAAGCACAAUAUAAUUAUCAAAAAGAAAUAAAAUCUUUAGAUAAGGCUUUAAAGACUGAAAAAGAAAUUAGGCUAAAGUUGGAAGAAAAAAUUCACGAGCAUGAAGAAGCACUACCCGAAUAUCAAAAAAUCCAAUUUAAUAGAGAUCAGCUCCAAGAAGCGCAUUUAGAAGCAGAAAAAAUGCUUCAGUUCAUAAAAGAAAAAACAGGCCAAAUUUACGAGAAGCAUAUCCAUACACAGAGAGAUUGAAAUGAACAAGAAAGGAUCCAAGUUUUGCUAGAUGAAGGCUUGGAAAAUUACACAGAGAUAGCAUUAUAUGUUGAGUUCUUGAUCUAUUAUUUAUUAAAAAGUAUCAAUGAUAAUAAUUGACUUGUUGACAGGAUAGCAGAAUUAGGUCAAGAAAUUGAUAAGUUGCGAUACCUCAAAGGAAGCCCAGUAAAAGUCGUUAUGACUCCAUCGCCAGCGCCAUCAGGGAGAAAUGAGGCCCUACAAAAGAAAAUUUGACGAGACAUGAGAGGCACAGCUCGUGCUUUGCAAGAAUUUGAAAAAUCUAGAGAGAAAUUAAUUCAGCACUUUCAAGAGUCAGUAUAA